CUCUGUGCGCGCCCGCUCUAUGAUGCUUGCGCGCGUCCCCCGCGCGCCGCGCUGCGGGCGGGGCGGGUCUCCGGGAUUCCAAGGGCUCGGUUACGGAAGAAGCGCAGCGCCGGCUGGGGAGGGGGCUGGAUGCGCGCGCACCCGGGGGGAGGCCGCUGCUGCCCGGAGCAGGAGGAGGGGGAGAGCGCGGCGGGCGGCAGCGGCGCUGGCGGCGACUCCGCCAUAGAGCAGGGGGGCCAGGGCUGCGCGCUCGCCCCGUCCCCGGUGAGCGGCGUGCGCAGGGAAGGCGCUCGGGGCGGCGGCCGUGGCCGGGGGCGGUGGAAGCAGGCGGGCCGGGGCGGCGGCGUCUGUGGCCGUGGCCGGGGCCGGGGCCGUGGCCGGGGACGGGGCCGGGGCCGGGGCCGGGGCCGCGGCCGUCCCCCGAGUGGCGGCAGCGGCCUUGGCGGCGACGGCGGCGGCGGCUGCGGCGGCAGCGGUGGCGGCGGCGCCCCCCGGCGGGAGCCGGUCCCUUUCCCGUCGGGGAGCGCGGGGCCGGGGCCCAGGGGACCCCGGGCCACGGAGAGCGGGAAGAGGAUGGACUGCCCGGCCCUCCCCCCCGGAUGGAAGAAGGAGGAAGUGAUCCGAAAAUCUGGGCUCAGUGCCGGCAAGAGCGAUGUCUACUACUUCAGUCCAAGUGGUAAGAAGUUCAGAAGCAAACCUCAGUUGGCAAGGUACCUGGGAAAUACUGUUGACCUCAGCAGUUUUGACUUCAGAACUGGAAAGAUGAUGCCUAGUAAAUUACAGAAGAACAAACAGAGACUGCGGAAUGAUCCUCUCAGUCAAAAUAAGGGUAAACCAGACUUGAAUACAACAUUGCCAAUUAGACAAACAGCAUCAAUUUUCAAACAACCAGUAACCAAAGUCACAAAUCAUCCUAGUAAUAAAGUGAAAUCAGAUCCACAACGAAUGAAUGAACAGCCACGUCAGCUUUUCUGGGAGAAGAGGCUACAAGGACUUAGUGCAUCAGAUGUAACAGAACAAAUUAUAAAAACCAUGGAACUACCUAAAGGUCUUCAAGGAGUUGGUCCAGGUAGUAAUGAUGAGACCCUUUUAUCUGCUGUUGCCAGUGCUUUGCACACAAGCUCUGCACCAAUCACAGGGCAAGUCUCCGCUGCUGUGGAAAAGAACCCUGCUGUUUGGCUUAACACAUCUCAACCCCUCUGCAAGGCGUUCAUUGUCACAGAUGAAGACAUUAGGAAACAGGAAGAGCGAGUACAACAAGUGCGUAAGAAAUUGGAAGAAGCACUGAUGGCAGACAUCUUGUCACGAGCUGCUGAUACAGAGGAGAUGGACAUUGAAAUGGACAGUGGAGAUGAAGCCUAAGAUUAGCAUCAGGUAACUUUCGGCCGACUUUCCCCAAGAGCAAAUUCCUAGAAUUGAACAAAAACGUUUCCACUGGGUUUUGCCUGUAAGAAAAAAUGUACCCGAGCACAUAGAGCUUUUUAAUAGCACUAACCAAUGCCUUUUUAGAUGUAUUUUUGAUGUAUAUAUCUAUUACUCAAAAAUGAUGUUUAUUUUGAGUCCCAGGACUUAAAAUUAGUCUUUUGUAAUAUCAAGCAGGACCCUUAAGAUGAAGCUGAGCUUUUGAUGCCAGGUGCAAUCUACUGGAAAUGUAGCACUUCCAUGAAAUAUUUGUUUCCCCCACAAUUUUAAUUAUGAACAGAUCAGGAGUACGAAAUAAAUUUCCCAAUGAAAGCCUAUUGUGACUUCACUGUAUAUAAACAGAUUUUUAUACUUUAUUGAAAGAGGACACCUGUACAUUCUUCCAUCAUCACUGUAAAGACAAAUAAAUGAUUAUAUUCA